AAUGAAUACCACACCCUAUGACAAACAACAGGAUCGAACAGCGAACAAAAGGCAAGCCUGGAAAAGUGAUGACAUAGCAGCUUCAAUUAUAAGUGACACGGAGUCGCCUAGCGAAAUUGCUGAGAAAAUAGCAGCGGCGUUCGAUUUUCUUCCAAUACUGAAUACUACAACGGACAAAGAAUAUGAACCGGAUAGCGCGAAGACGAGCCAAUCUGAAAACCUAUCACAGAAUAGUUCGUUAUCAUCAGCUGACGAGCAGACCGGUGCACGACCUUCUUCUCUGACGUCAGCAGCUGAAAAUCGGAAUGGUUUACAUCAAAGUAUGGAUAUUUCAAUGGAACCGUCAGUUCAGAGUAACGAUGAAACAAGAAAAAUAGAUGAAAGCCCUAACAUUGAAUAUAGAGUGAUUGGUAAUAAAACCUCUGCAAGGAAACCUGGAAAUCAUGCGAAUCAAUUUGAACAGCAAACUUCAACGUCAGCUUACGAAGGAACGAAUGAAGUUUGCGUUGAAACGGAACCUUUAAAAAGAAAGGAAUUUCAAUUGCGACCGGCAACUCCGUUCCGUCCUGUGAUUAUUGAUAAGAACCACAUGGAUUCUACGUAUUCAAAAGAUGUCUCUUCCCCUUCGAAUGAAGUUCAGGAAAGCCCAAUAAAUCGAUUGGAGUUUUCUUAUAACGAUAUAUAUAAAAAAAAGAAAGAUCUUAAGGCAAAUGAGAGAGCUACUGACAAUAAUAAUGUUGACAAUAACCACAGUAAAAAUAAUAACCGUAGCGGUAAAGUAUCGAAAGCACAAGUUAAUACGAAGAAAAUUACUACUUGUAGGAAGGAGAUUAAAACUAAACCAGAUGGAAAAUCUGAUGAGCUUGAAUCGAUUAAAUUACAAUUAGAUAUGUUGAAUAAAAAGUUUGAUAUUUUCAACGAAUUUCAACUUAAGUUUAAUAAAGAGAUAUCGUCUGUUAAAGUUCAACAAGAACGCCAAACAACAAAUAAAAGCACGAAACAACCCGUUCAAGAGUUGGUGAAAUCUAAAAGCGCAAAGUCAUCACCUGCUUUAUCCGUUUGUAGUAAUGUUGAUAAUUCAACAACAACAACAACAACAGCAUUGAGUGUAGCGACUCUAUGCAAUGAUUUUCUAAACGAAUUUAAUAUAUUUGACGGUAAGCAGGAAAACUUUGGAAAGUUCUUAGUUAAGCAUAGAGAUGCUAUCAGAGUAUACGAAUUUAAAGGAGAGGAGAGACUUCAACUUCUUUUAAAUCAAGUUGGUCCAAAUAUUCGGGUAUACUUGAAAAAGAAACGGAUUGGCAAUAAAAUUGAAUACGAUAACGCUAUGAAGGUAUUAAUUGACAAGUACGGUAAUUAUAGGAGAUUAUCCAAGAUGUAUACAAAAAUACUAGCACAAUUACAACCUCUUAGCUAUUUAGUUCCGUCGACUUAUAAGAAUUUAAUGGAUAUUUUAACGAAUAUUAGAGAUACGUAUGAAUUAACUGGAUUAUCAGAUUGCCGAUUCAUAGGAGUGCAUAUUCACACAAUCGUUAAAAAGCUCUUACCAAAAGAUUUGCGGAAAGCGUGGCGUAGACAAAAACGUAUAUUAAUUGAUCAGCAACAAAAUCCAUCUAUUAAAGAGUUUAUCGAAUUUCUUGAAAAUAUAGCUGUUAAGAAUAUGUUGAAAGUUCGAAAAAAAUGCCUUCUUCAAUGUCAAAUGCCAUGUUAA